CGCAGAAUCUCGUGUCCUGCAGUAAAGGCGAUUCGACGUGUGUCUAAUCAGGUGCUGCUGGAACCGCACUCGCUCCUUUCACUUCACCGCAAAGGCUGCUUGAUAAGGUUAGCUUACGACGUCUUCCUGUCGUCAUCAGCCAUUCGGAACAUUUCCCGGCCAACAACUACCUGGAAAGAGCCACGGCAAUCUGACUGGACACCCUAUUGCGCCGGAGCUGAGACCGAGAAUGGUAGAGGUAGACGGCCUGUCGGCUCGGGCCGGAGAAGCAAAUGGAGUUCCAGACUAUAUAAGAUGUGGCGCAUGCAACAGACUACUAGGCUCGACGUCGCCUGACGGAGGAUUAGCCCCUGCCGCUACGGAACCAGCAACGGAAACAAAAGGCCAAGACUGCAACACGUGCCAUCCGUUUCGGGAACUCUACGACGCGAUGACUGUUGCGGAUAUGGAAUAUGCUUCACAUCAAGACCGCCGACCGACUUUUGGACCGCGGCAGAAAGCCCUGGAAGCUAAGAAAGAGGCCCAUAGGAACUAUGCGAACCUUAUCUUGAAGCUGGAGGAGGCCCAUCGCAAGUUUCAUGAAGAACGACAACUACAGCGCCAACCACGGCAACAGCAAGACCAAGAGCAGCAAAAUGUAGAAACUCUCGGGAGCGCAAAACGUCCACGAAGCCCAUCCACACCCUCAUUCCCAGAAAUAUCCUGCCCAGCAAAACGCCUCUGCAUAUCCGGCCAGCCUAAAAAAGUCACAUUCGACGCAUCUGUCGCUUUCCGCAACGAGAAAGAGUACAGGAUGGCUCAGGCCUUCCAGCGUUCAGACGAACGCUAUGUUCGUGGGAGGAACGCGGCGCCGGAGGGUAGUGAGUAUCUGGAUACCAGUGGCCAUCAGCAAGACUUCAAGAGCUUUUUUCGAGAGAAAUGGAAGGGGCGGAAAUGGGUUGCUUCGUCUGAGCCGAAGGUCGAAGACAGUUUGGGGGAGUUCACGGAAGCAGACGACAGUGUUGGAGGCGCUGAGAAUGAGCCAGACGCGAAUGUCCACAAUCAGGUGGUUCUGUUAGUCAAGGAAGAAGCAGCAGAAAGCUCGUAUCCAACUAUUUUGCCUCCAGAGGAGCGAGGUAGAGAAACGAAAGGGGUCUAGGACGAUGCCGAAGGGCGCACAUAUUCAAUUACCCCAUAUAUUAGGACACGGUUGAGUCCGAUCCUACGUCGCAUUCCCUGACGAGACCCAAGGGUCUAGUUCCGCCUCGACUGAAGGAAUUAUCGCACACAUCAGUGCAGCCCCAGCUACUACCAUCAAGAGCUGACAGAACAACCAAAUCACGUCAAGAGCAACAAAAAUACAUGUCGUAAAUGGAGCCUCUUCUGAUGGUUGAGUAACUCUCAAACGCGUAAUGGAAUAUUUAAAGAUAAUAGAAUAAAUA